UUGCAACGCUGUCGCAGGUAAGCGGAGAGAAGACGGGACAGGAGAAAAUAAGAAAAAAACGAGAAGCUUGAAAAAGAUGGCGUCGAAGGAUGACAGUCCAACAAGUCUUCAUGGCCAGCCUUGGUCUGUUUGGGCUGAUAGAUUAGGCAGAGAUAGUCCAUUAAGUGACACAGAUGAACAAUCCAAAGUCAAUCAGACUAAAGAAGGAGACGCCAUGAAACUACCGAAACAAGAUAUGUCAUUCUAUGGACUUUGUCCUGUCAGAGAUGAAUUCUACCUCGUAACCUGUAACUAUUGUCAAAGGGUGUGCACACCUCAGGGAUUGAAAAAUCAUAUAGAGUUGAAACAUGCUCAAGAAUGGACCAGCUGUCAGUCACAGUUGCCAGAAUCUCUCGACAACUGUGUUCAUCCCACUGCGGCAGCACCAGUCAGCAGCUCAGCAAAAGCAAAGGCAACCAAGAAGGCAGCUACUGGGCAAUCAGCCAUGCCCACAUCGCUAGCUUACUUGCUUGCCAGCCCAGCUGCUCCUCUCAAGCCACGGGGUGGUAGUGGUGGUACAAGCAGUAAACGAGUGAGUGGGAGUAAACCGGCAUCAUCUGCGGCCUCAAACAUCGUCUCUCACGGGCCAGCCAACAAGAUACCUACCCCGAUAGUAUCGGCAUUGACAGGCACGUCCUAUGAUAAAGUGCCGUCGCCUCAGCAGCCACCACCCGUCCAGUUUUCUCCUUUGCAACCGACGCUGACUGCACCUUCUCCUGUGUCGCCGCUUACAGCUGGUGGGCCGGCUGGCACAGGCGUGAUGACGCCUUCGCCAGCCAUAACAAUGACUGUCGCGGUUGAUUCAUCAGGCAACCAAACGGUGCAAAUCCAUUUGCCUGAAAUCGGAAACGGCGUCAUGUUAGCCGACAGUCCAGCUGAUCUGGGGGCAUCAGUUUCCAACGCAUGUGGCUCCUCUGGCGUGCAGAACAGAUCAGGCAAGAAACAACGCAAAACAUCAAAAUCGGAACGACGAAUGCUUCCUGUCAAGGAACGUGAAUUGGACUUGGAGAAACAUUGUGGAGUUUGGAUGAGCGACUUGAACAGAGCUUGUACUCGCUCUCUUACCUGCAAAGCUCAUUCUUUAACACUUAGGCGAGCUGUUCAGGGUCGCAGUCGCCCUUUUGACGACUUGCUCGCCGAACAUCGAGCAGUUAAAGAAUCUGUAACAAAACAGGGGAAGGACGGAGCUAAUCUACCUGCUGGAGCGGCCCAUCAGCCAGUUGCCAAACCAACUUUAUCCAAUGUUGUCCCAUGCCAAGCUUCUGCCGUCCCCAAACUGGGACGUCCACCUCUUGUGCGUCCGCCCCCCGCAAAAAAACUGUUAACAUCUUUGCUCCAGUCACAGCCACAACCAGCAGUUGGAAGCGAACUUUCAGUAGAAGUGCUUCCACUAACAGAAUCGCAGAACGUUCAGCACCUUCCAUCCUCUGGACUUCUUACACGAGUUUUUCCUUCUACGGUGAUGCCGGCCGUUAGUUUGACAUUUACUCCACAUCAUCCCAAACCCCUGGCCGUCUGCUCGUUCGGAUUGCGCCGUCAUGUAUCACGGGCAAGUGCUGCGCCUGAUCGCAAAUGGGAUUUUCUGCGUUCGACAGUACGUUCUACGCUUAAACGAUCAGCUGCCAGUUCUGCGGUACGAUCUAUCUCCACAGCAUCUGGCACCCUUGGCCUUCAAAGUCUUUUGCGUCCUUCAAUAACCCAGCCGUCUAGUAGUCACCAUCUCAUGUCGCAUGAAUCAAACAGCAUUGAACUCCCUAAUGGGUUGCAGCUAUCCAUCGGCGUCCAGCCAGAAGGACACAAUCACCACCAUCAUCGCGCACGUUUAAAGAAGAGCCUUCUGAACGGCGUGACUGGAGGACAUCCAACGGAGCAAGAACAGGCUGAUGACCUGAUGGAAGGAUUUGAUGGUUUAGUCGGCGAAGAUGGCGUGCUGACGUUUCUCAACCAAACCAGCGAGGGAACAGCCUCAUUGAGCCUGAUGGCUGACCUCUCUGCUGGUAAUAUCACCUUUUCAGAAUUGAAUCAUCAAGCCGGCGGAGGUGGAGGAAAUGUAUCCGCCGGCCCACGACUUCAUUCAACAUCUACAUCACUGCUUCUUCAACCCGAUCCAGGUGAUCCAAUGUGACACUGGAAAGCGGCGUCUCCACAUAUGACCUCUCCCGUUGCAUCUCUUUAUUCUCACCUGAUCCAUUGACUGUCCCGUCAGGGUUGGUUCACUACUUUUGUUAAGCAUGGUGCAGUUCCCGCUAUUCUUUUGUUCUACUCCACUACUACCAAGAUAGCCGCAUCUAUUUCUGGUUUGAACAAAUACUCGGCCCAGUCUAUCAUUGAUUCGACUAUUAUUCUUUGUUCUUUCUGUGUUAUACGAUUCCAAUAGGCUACUUAUUGUGGAUUAGUAAACUAGAAGGAUUGUAAACAUUUAGAUAGGAUUGUUAUUUUGUAUCUACGGGGGAAUUGGGAACGAUUUAUUUUCUUCCUUAGUUUUUGAAAUUUGAUCCAUUGGGUAGGUUCAGUUUCGAUUAGGUGCGCCACUUUUUCUCCCCUUUUUGUCUCCCUUUUCUUUAACUAUGAAACCCUGUGCAUGAUUUCGACUCUUGGAGACAGAACAAUUGAUUUCCGAACAUUUGUUGAUUCAACAAAGCAAUCGAAAUUCCCAUGCGUUAAAGCUGUAGAAGAUACUGAAGAAGAGCUGAAAAUUUCGAAGACAAAAAACAACCAUCGACAGUUGGUGCGCUCAAGAUAUUUUUUUUCCCCCCUUCCUCCAAAGAAGAAAAAACCUACAAAUACCAAGUGGUUACGACAAUGUUUAUGUGUGUUCGUAUUCUCCUCUUUUUCGGUGAUUAAAAGAACUUCUACAUCCUCCCAUUCCCCUCCCUUCGUUCUCUUGCUGUACCGCGGCCCCAUUGCUCAGAUUGCGCGAUCUCUUUUCACUUAAAAAUUUCUCCAAUUCACUUUUGAGACGGAAGUGUAGGCAAAAGCCAAUCGUCCCUCCCCACAUUUUUUCACAUCCCCUAUUAUUAAGUUUGUUUCAUGGGGCUUCCAGUACAUGAGCAGAGGAGAAAAAAGAAUCGUGUUAUAUACAGGGUCACCAAUUUUUUUCCUGAAUUAAAAAAAAAAUUUAAAUCAAUAAAAAUUUAAGAGUCCUUCCUCUUGAUGUCCCCUCAUCCAUCUCCCUUUCUGGAAUGACAUGUCUCGUGCCUUUGGUGUUUUUGAUACUGCGAAUUGAAAAUACUGUGGACGGCUGCAUACGCUCUUCCAUGCUUAAGGGAAAGCUCUUGAAAGAAACAGUGAAAACAUCAAAACACGACUUUUGAAUUAUUACUAUUCUCCUUUUUUUUGUGUCCAUCAAAAAUUAAACGGAAAAAUAAGCUGCCGCUGUGAUGUGGAUUUACCAUUGUAGUAUUUAUAUAUUUUUUUUUUCUUUUUUGUGCAUCGUGUUUGUGAAUGUCCAAUCAUCCCUUCCAUGUUUCGGUAUGUGGAUCGUGUUGAUCGAAAAAUCCAAUGUCACCCUCUCCCCACCUCUUUGUUUUAAUUUUACGAAUUUUCUUAAUUUUCAAUUUAAUUUAUUGAUGUUGAAUGCCCCCCAUCUCCUUAUCUAUUGAUUCUGUAAAAAUGAGUGAUGAUAAUGGAAGUCGCGAUUGACUUAUCGAGUACUACCUUCUCCGAGAAAAGCCAUAUCUCGACUCGUGAGAGUUGAAGAAAUAUACACAAUUAUCAUGAUCUAA